AUGGGGAGGAAACCUUCCGGUGAUAAAGACGGGCAAAAGAGAGGAGCAUGGUGUGCUGAGGAAGAUAAAGUCCUUGCUGACUACAUCAAAACACAUGGAGAAGGAAAAUGGAGCCAUGUUUCUAAAAAAACUGGGUUGAAGCGGAGUGGGAAAAGUUGCAGACUGCGAUGGUUGAAUUAUCUUAGGCCUGAUGUUAAGAGAGGCAACAUUUCUCCAGAAGAAGAAGACCUCAUUAUCAGAAUGCACAAGCUUCUUGGAAACAAGUGGUCCCUCAUCGCGGGAAGAUUACCAGGUCGGACAGAUAAUGAAAUCAAGAACUUCUGGAAUAUUAAUUUGAGCAAGAGGGUUCUAGAGGAAGGACGAAGCCCUAAUAAUCAACGUGGCAUUAAGACAUUCAAUUGCACAAAGGCUUCUCCCAUGAUCCCAUCGCAUGACGAUCAUGAUCAUGAUCCAAUGGUUGAGAAUGCAGCAGAUGCAACUCUUCCUGGUUCUGUGAGAAAAGAUCAUGAGAACUCGUUCUUAAGGGAUUUGGAUAAUUUCAUCAAUGACCUUUUGCGCGACUCCGGAAUCAAUGGAGAGUAUUGA